GAGGAGAGAUGUAAGUGGGUCAUAUGGACACGUUAUGAGCAGGCAAUUCCAUGUGGCCACAUGGAUGAGGGCAAGAAGAAGAUGAAGAACAACAACAAGCAACACACCAACACCAACUCAAACAUCUAAGACCCAAAUUCUCCCUCUCUCUCUCUUUCUCUGUGAGAGGAAGAAGGACAUAGAAGAAGAUGAAGGAAACCAGUGAUGGGUUCGUGAGAGCGGAUCAGAUUGAUCUGAAGAGCAUAGACGAACAGUUGCAGAGGCACCUCAACAAGGUGUUGACCAUAGAUAAGAAAAAGCGCUCCGAAGAGGAUGAAGAUGCUGAUCAAGUUCAUGUUCACACCACCAGCGCCACUGCUUCUCCAACUGCAUCUAAGAGACACACUGCUGUCGUUAACUUCAAGAAGCGAAAGCAGGACUGGGAGAUUGACCCUUCUAAACUCAUCAUCAAGAGUCCUAUUGCUCGUGGCACUUUUGGCACAGUCCAUCGUGGUGUCUAUGAUACCCAAGAUGUUGCUGUGAAAUUGUUGGACUGGGGAGAAGAAGGACAAAGGACAGAAGCAGAAGUUGCCUCGUUGAGGGCAGCGUUUACCCAGGAAGUUGUUGUUUGGCAUAAACUUGUUCAUCCCAAUGUCACAAAGUUUAUAGGCGCAACGAUGGGGUCUUCUGAGUUGCAGAUACAAACUGAUAAUGGUCUAAUUGGCAUGCCGAGCAAUGUCUGUUGUGUUGUUGUGGAGUAUCUUGCUGGAGGCAAUCUGAAACAAUACCUUAUAAAGAACAGGAGGAGGAAGUUAGCUUUUAAGGUUGUCAUCCAGCUGGCACUUGAUCUUGCAAGAGGGCUAAGUUAUCUUCACUCUCAGAAGAUUGUCCACAGAGAUGUAAAGACAGAGAACAUGUUGUUGGAUAAGACCCGCACAGUUAAAAUUGCUGAUUUUGGCGUUGCACGUGUUGAGGCAUCAAAUCCUAAUGAUAUGACUGGGGAGACUGGUACUCUUGGUUAUAUGGCUCCAGAGGUUUUAAACGGCAACCCCUAUAACAGGAAAUGUGAUGUGUAUAGUUUUGGCAUCUGUUUAUGGGAAAUAUAUUGUUGUGACAUGCCAUAUCCUGACCUAAGUUUCUCAGAAAUUACUUCGGCUGUUGUUCGCCAGAAUUUGAGACCAGAAAUACCAAGAUGUUGCCCUAGUUCUCUAGCAAAUGUAAUGAAGAAGUGCUGGGAUGCCUCCCCUGACAAGCGGCCGGAGAUGGAUGAGGUAGUUUCCAUGCUGGAGGCCAUUGACAUAUCCAAAGGUGGAGGUAUGAUCCCUCAUGAUCAGCAGCAGGGUUGCUUUUGCUUCCGCAAGCAUAGAGGGCCCUGAAAAAGUUUUAUUCUUUACUCCAUCAAACAAUUUGGUUAUAGUGAUUUUUCACUAUUUGAAGAAUCCAUUUGUAUCUAUAGUGAGAAAACAGGAUUUGGAUACUAGAUGAGACAAAUACACAGUUGGGGGUACAGUACAGGUAGGAGGUGCUGGUGACAUGUCAAUAUGUUGGGUGUGUAAAACUGUACCUCUCAUUUUCUUUUACUCUUACCUUUUUUUCCCACAUUGGUUUGGGUUCUGUGGGUUUGGGUAUUACUUUCACUUUGCCGGAUUGGACUUGUAACAUGCAGGAUCUUCAUUAUACUAUUUCAAUCAUAAUUGAUGUGAUUAAGCUGGAUCCAUUUGCUUGGUAUUCUCA